AUAUGUCUAUGGGUAGAACGUUCCAGAGCUGGGCGUAGCAGGAAUUGAUGUCGUAAAGUGGCACAACUACAUCCCAUCAAAACGUCAAGCCGCUGCGAUUGUUCUGCUUUGAAAGGUGGAUAUUGUGUCGAGUGGUCUACUUCGAGCCUAACACCACUAGAAAAUACACCUUUUUCCUUUGACCAUCAGCCGUGUCCAUACCAUCGGCACAAUGGAAGUAGUAACCAAUCCGACUGUGAAUGUGCGCCUCACAAGCACCCUGUCUUCCUUUGAGGUGCAGCGCAGGUUCAACAGAGGGAUCAGUAUAGCAGAGCUGAAGGCAAAGUUGGAGAUGGUUGUAGGCACAUCUGCUUCCACCAUGGACCUGGAAUUGUUCAGUGUCACUGACAAAUUCCUGCAGAAAAUGGACGACAAUGAUGCUUUGCUGGGUUCCUAUGCUGUGGAUGAUGACUCCAGAAUACACGUUACUGAUAGAAGUGGAGGGAAGCUGGGCGAGUUCGAUGAUGUUUCCAAAGUGGAGAAGUUUGAAAUCUCACAUGAAGCUUAUGAAAAGAGGACAGAUUCAGCCCGAUCAUUCAUGAAGAAACAUCGUGUUGGCCACUUCAACGAGGAAGAAAUGGCCAAGAAGAAAGCUGAGCAAGCUGCUCGACAGGAGGAACAGAAGGCUGCUGCUGAUGCCAUUUCUGUUGGCAGCAGAUGUAAAGUGCAGGUCCCUGGGCAACCAACAAAGCUUGGCACAGUCAUGUAUGUUGGUACCACGGAUUUCAAGCCAGGCUACUGGGUAGGAGUGAAGUACGAUGAGCCCCUGGGAAAGCACAAUGGAAUUGUGGAAGGGAAGCAAUACUUUGAAUGUGAGGACAAAUAUGGUGGAUUUGUGAAGCCCCUAAAUGUGACUGUGGGAGACUUUCCUGAGGAGGAUUAUGGUUUAGAUGAGAUGUAGGAUUGUAGUAACUGCAACAAAGAGUGUUUUCUUUCCUGAAAUUUGAGCGUCGACUUCCCGCUGUUCUCCAUUCACCAACAAGAGAUGACGGACAGUCACUAUUUCAACAAACUAAAUUUUUGUUUUCGUUUUUUGCUUCUCUGGAAGGCAUGAUCCAAAGAGUGGCGCAUGAAGGUUUUUAUAGGUUCAAGUUCUCUCUCACUAACAGCAAUGUAACCUGAUAGAGAUGAAUGUCAGGAAGGACAUGUCUUGGUGUGCUGGAUCUGAUAAUAACAUGGGAUAAUCAUUAGAGGAGCUCAGACCAACGUGUUCUGAGAAAGGAGAGGGUUUAGUUGCAUGCAAGGCAGCAUAAUGAAGGUUAAUAUGUAGUCCUUCACUUCACGCACUUCUGUUCAAUUUCAUUUUGGUUGGUUUGGUAGUACUUGCUCCUUUCAUUAGAUGGGAGUCUUCUUUGUAAAAGUCUGUAGUGGCAACUUCAACUCAUCUCAUUCAGUUUCAGUUUGUACAAAGAUGAUUGUAUAUAACUGUUUAUAGUUGACUGUAGUAGAAUUUUUUUGAAGACUGUAAAUUGCUGAUGGGUUGUACAAGGAUUGGACAUCUGUAUGUUGAAGGAAAAAUCCCCUGUUCAAAAUACUUUGACACUAAAACACAAAGUGGAAUUGUACCUUGAUUUCCUAAUAGGAUGGCAUAUGCUGUGUAUAUAUCUCUAAUUGACUCAAACUGGACAAACGUUUUCAGGUUAUUGACUAUUAUCUAUUUAAUUCAUGUUUGGCAGACCUGAAAUUCGUUGAUCAAUAAAUAAAUCCUCACCAACAGGAGCCUCAAUAGUCAAUAAUAGAGUGCAACACAGCUGUUAGUUGUAAUUUAGAUUCAGGGGCACCACCUUUUAACUUUUCCUAGUGAAACUAUGUGUUCCUGUUUGCUAUAGUGUCAGUUAUUGUUCUCUCGGUUUACAAUGCCUGGAAUAAGAGAGUGAAAGUUUGCAAGGGUAGAUACUUCCAUUUUAAACCACUUUAAAUUCCUUACAUUUCAUUUUGUGUUUGUAUGUCAUAUUUAAACCAGUCCCAUUUUUAGGUUUCCAAAUGAGUAUAAGAUGUAAUUCUCCUUUAUUUUGAUCUGAUCGAAUUCCUCUUGUUAAAUGUGAAAUUGAAUGCAUUUGAAUAUUUCCUGUUUAUAUUGAAACACUGAAAUAAAAAAGAAUGUUUCAAGUUUAAAAACUUGAAAUUUGAUUAUUUUUUAAUUAAAAUGUUAUCAUUCAAAUCUAAUUAAUCUACUAAAUUCCAAUGGAGCUCUCCUGUAUACAAACGUAUGACAACAUCUGCCAAUCCAUCCGUUAGCUAUACCCACUGUUCCUGGAUGAAUUUAUGCAAUGUUAUUGGAACAUAGCCAGUGAAGUCAUUUCCUCCAAAAUUGACAAAUUGAAUAAAUAAUCUAUAGACAUGUCUCAGUCUGAACUGUGAAAUCGAAUUUGAUCGAACUGCACGAAAGAGUAAUAAUUUACAUUCAGUUUGAGUCUUGCCUAACAGGCAAUUUUAUCAAAAUAUUUUUUGAUAAAAUAUUAUGAAUAUAGUGACGUAUAAGCAAGACACAUUGAAAUUCCUGCAGUUGUACAAUCUGUUAGCAUUUACUCCUUAAUAUAUCUUUCAUUCACUGGAUAGUAUGACAGUGUUUUUGUUCAGGUGGGCUCUGAAGUAAACGGUCAUUCAGAGGAGAUGUUAUAUUCUGAAACCUGUUUGUGUUUCCCAUUUGCAGCAUUAGUACAAAAUGUGUCUAUGAGAUAUUCAGUGUACCAUAUUCUUUUGACAACCAUUGAUACCAGGUUGACCAUUAAAGAAAUGUUUCAAAACAAGGAACAGAAAAACCUACAAAACUUUGAUUUUUUGCUCUAUAUGGUGCUGUUUAUCAUCUUGUGUUCAGUCUCUGAACCGUCAUCAGACACUCUGCUUUUGUACAUUUCAAAUGAAAAGUAUGCCUUAUUUAUGCUUUAUUUUAUGUGACCAGUCCAGAAACUGUUAACAUGAAGUUUACAAAAGAAAUGUAAAUUAAUUAUUUUUGUGGUUUCUUUUCAAUGAAAUGUCAUAAUCAUGCAUACAAAAAGUAAAAAUGUAGUGCUGUGCUCUUUUGCUUUUUUUAAACUGUUAUUCUCUAAGGUGCUGGUGUUACUAUGUGCCAAAGGGGGCCACAAAACAAUAAAAAUGAUUUGCCAGUACACAUAUU